UCAGCUGUUUAUACUUCAAUUUAUUCCAAUUACUUGUGGGCGUGUUAUAAAACAAAGUGGAGAAGUUAUAAAGUAAAUAAAAAAAUGAAGCACGCAAAAUUCAUAGCAAGAACCGUAAUGGUACAAAAAAAUAAUGUGGAAGAAGCCUGUCGUUUGUUAAAUCGCAUCUUGGGCAAAGAGGAAAUUUUCGAUCAAUACCGGCGAACACGCUUCUAUGAAAAGCCGUAUCAGGUGCGACGUCGAGUUAACUUCGAGAAAUGCAAAGCAAUCUAUAAUGAGGACAUGAAUCGGAAGAUACAAUUUGUGCUACGCAAAAAUCGCACGGAACCAUUCCCAGGAUGUAGUUAAAUAUGUAUUCAUAUUUUUUUAAUUCAAUAAUCAUGUAAUAACAUUAAAGCAUUUGUUUUGUUAAAUGAAUGAACAUUUUCCCAUUACAAUGAUACUUGUGAUUUGUUUUGCGAGA